AUGGUUUUGGAUAAUAUGUCUAGGAAAAAGGAGAUGUCUGAGGCAUUCACAUAUGAGUACGAGGUUAAUGCUAGCAACCAGCUGGUUGCUCUGUUCUGGUGUGAUGGUUUGAUGAAGAGGAAUUACCACAUGUUCGGUGAUAUUGUUGCUUUUGACACCACCUACAACACCAAUAGCAACGAGAAGACAGGCGCUUUUGCAUGGCUGUUUAGACAUUUUGUCCAAUGUAUGGGUGUUGCUCCGAAGAUAAUUGUUACAGAUCAAGAUUUGGGGAUGAGAUCGGCUAUUGAAGAGAUUCUUGUUAGGACUCGCCACAGAUGGUGUAUGUGGCAUAUCAUGCAUAAGUUGGCCAAUAAAGUUCCUGGUCGGUUGUUGCGGGAUGAAGAUUUCAAGAAAGAGUUCAAUGCCUGCGUCUGGUCGGAUCUGCUUGAACCCGACGAGUUCGAAGAAGAGUGGAAUGGAGUACUUGAACGUUCCGACCUGGAAGACCAUGGUUGGUUGAAGACAUUGUACGACUAUAGGCAAUUAUGGAUACCUGCAUACUUCAGAGAUUUCCCGAUGGGCUCGAUGAUUAGGACCACCUCUAUUUCUGAGUCAGAGAACAGCUUCUAUAAAAAAAUUCUGAAGCCACGCAACAACAUUGCCGAAUUCUACUUGAAUUUCAACCAACCUGUGGAUUUUCAGCGGAAUAGUAGAACAAAGCUGGACUACCAAGACGCGACUGCCCUGCCUAUAUUGGCCACUACUCUGCCUUUCGAGAAACAUGCUUCUACUCUGUACACAGAUAGUAUGUUCAAGAAAAUACAAGAGGAGAUUGUUGAGGGAAAUGACAGAUGCCGCGUUUUGGGGUUCUCGUCUGCAGACAUGGUCGACACCUACAAACUCGGAGACAGCCUUCGCAAUUCGUACUUUGUGAGACAUGAUAAGAGUGACGAGUCAUACUCAUGCGAUUGCAAACUUUUCGGUAGGCAGGGAUAUCUGUGCAGUCAUAUAUUCUUUUUGUUUAGGAACAAUGAAGUGAAAAAGAUUCCGGAUAACUACUGUGCAAGUAGAUGGAUGAAGACUCCGCUAGCUAAGGCUGUCCAUGGACAUGUUGAUGAGACUUUACCUACACAGUCCGUUGUUGAUGAAAGGCAAAACGUUUCAAAGCAAGGGACCUCACUGUUUUAUGAUUUUCUUCGUCGAUUUGAGACGGACAUUGAUGUGCUUCGUGCAUUCGUAGGUGGACUAGAGGAACUUGGUAAUUCACUUCAAGCUGGAACUCCUUUAACAUCCGCUUCUGAGAAGAGGCGAAUGAUUGAACAGUUUUAUGGAAUGGAAAGGCCGGAAGUCGUCGAGGUCCACCCUCCGGAUGUGGUAAAGACGAAGGGGCACGCGAGCAGCUCCGCUAGUCGUCUGAUUUCCAAGAGAGAAAAGGCUAUCAAGGAUGCUACUAGGCCCCUUAGACGGUGUAAAGCGUGCGAUGAGUUGUGCCAUCACGACUCUAGAAAUUGUCUAAUGCUUAAAGAGCUUGAAACGGAGAAUGAGCUGCGUAAGGGAAAGAGGAAAUGUUGA